UUACAGGGUCGAUGUAAUAGGGAGAAACCACCGUGCAAAUAUUUCCAUCCUCCACAACAUCUCAAGGAUCAAUUGUUAAUCAACGGCAGAAACCACUUAGCUCUUAAGAAUGCUCUUAUGCAACAAAUGGGUCUAACGCCUGGUCAACCUUUAGUUCCUGGACAAGUUCAAGCAGUUGUGGAUGCGCCACUAGACUGCCUCCCCUUGACCUUCUUCCCCCAACUGUCUAUGACAAUUGAAGAGCAGUAUGCACUGAUGGCUGCUAAUCCUUACCUCACAGGUAUGCCCCAAGUAGGGAGUACGUACAGUCCGUACUUCGCUCCUGGGCCCAUAAUGCCUACGAUAAUGGGUCCGGAUCCGGGAGUCGGUUCCCCUUUGGGUGUCGUACCGCAAACCGUGGUAGCGCAACAGAAGAUGCCUCGCUCCGACAGAUUAGAGGUGUGCCGUGAGUUCCAGCGCGGAGCGUGUAAGCGCGCCGAGUCGGAAUGUCGCUUUGCGCAUCCCGCCGACUCUGUGACUGCCAACGAGGACGGUACUGUCACUGUCUGCAUGGACGCAGUCAAGGGCCGCUGCAACCGCGACCCCUGCCGCUAUUUCCAUCCCCCUCUGCACCUCCAAGCCCAAAUCAAGGCCGCACAGUCGCGGGCUAGCGCGAUGGACAUGAAAUCUGUUGGAUCGUUUUACUAUGAAAAUUUUGCCUUUCCCGCAGGAAUGGUACCGUACAAACGACCAGCGGCAGACAAAUCCGGCGUGCCGGUGUAUCAACCGAACGCAACUACGUACCAACAACUGAUGCAGUUGCAACAGCCCUUCGUACCCGUGUCAUGUGAGUAUUCCACAUCCCCCGCUCCUCCACCAACCUCUUCUUGCGCUUCGCCCACAGUUCCUGAGGCCUCCCAAUCCAUCGCCACUUCCUCAAUGUCUCAGACUUCUCAGAUAACGCUUCAACAACAACAACAACAGUCACAAUCACAACCACUAUCUCAAUCGCAACAACAGAUACAACAAACACAACAGCAAUCAAAUAACAAAAAAGAAGCUGAGACUGUGAAUUUAGUAACGACGACGGCUGCAAUGCCCGUCACAUUGCCCCAGCAAUCCCAAAUCCCCGACCCCGCCGCCAUUGCUAAAGAGGUUGCCCAGCACAACUACGCCAAAGCAAUUAAACUAGCCGCUGUAAAUCAGAGUUUAGCCGCUUCCCAUUUCACGCAUUUGAAUCCGUUAAACUACACGGGCGUUUCUUUGAACAAACAAACGCUGGCGGCCGUACCGCAGCAGUCGGCCGCCGCCGCCGCCGCAGCCGCUGCCGCUUCUUAUCCGCGUUACCAGGCGGCUGCGGCGAUGCCCUUUCAGUUCAACGCCACGGCGAUCAAUCUCGGCUUGGCCAAUCCCUAUCAGGCGAAUUUGCUUAACAUGAGCCGUCCGCCUCAGAUGCAAUUCAAUCCGUAUUCGAUUAUGAGACAGCCGUACGCGACGGCGGCCGGCACCGCCGCCGCUAAUUCGCUGUACGCGAACAGCCUUUUGAGCGCGCAAUACCCGGUGACCGUGUCCGCGCCGCCCAUGACGAAUAACACGUCGCAGGCGACCAUCGCCGUGGCGGCCGCUCCGGCUAAUAAUAACAAUAACGUCGUGUUGCAACCGUACAAGAAACUGAAAACGAAUUAA